AAAGAUAUCUAUGAAGGUGAUCAAGAAGAUGGCGUCCAACCGGGAGAAUCCGGAUUCAUUGCUGUAGCAGACGUCAACUGUUGACCGGUAAAGCAACCCUUCAACAGGAACCAACAUGAAUCUCCAGGACUCUGCACCUCAAAUACCACCUGUUCACCCUGAUGUGCAGAUGAAAUCUUUGCCCUUCUAUGAUGUGCUGGAUAUACUCAUCAAACCUUCCAGCUUAGGAGCAAGUACUUCACCAAGAUACCAUCAAGAGAAGUAUUUUAUCUUUGCCUUGACACCCCAGCAAGUUCGAGAAGUAUGCAUAUCCAGGGAUUUUCUUCCCGGUGGCAGAAGGGAUUAUAUGGUUCAAAUUCAGUUAAGGUUUUGUUUGUCUGAGACAAGUUGCCCACAAGAAGACAUUUUCCCAACCAGUCUCUGUAUAAAGGUCAAUGGAAAACCUUUUCCUUUACCAGGUUAUGCACCUCCCCCCAAAAAUGGUGUGGAACAAAGGAGACCAGGAAAACCUCUAAACAUUACAUCAUUGGUGCGACUAUCCUCUACAGUACCCAAUCAGAUAUCAGUGACAUGGGCACCUGAAAUUGGAAAGACCUUCUCCAUGUCUGUGUACCUAGUGAGGCAGCUAACAUCACCACUGCUCCUGCAGAGGCUGAGGAUGAAGGGCAUCAGAAACCCAGACCACUCCAGAGCACUAAUAAAAGAGAAGCUCACUGCAGAUCCAGACAGUGAAGUUGCUACAACAAGCCUUCGAGUCUCCCUCAUAUGCCCGUUGGGUAAGAUGCGACUUAAGAUCCCAUGCAGGGCGGUGACCUGCUCUCAUCUUCAGUGCUUCGAUGCUGCCCUCUACUUACAGAUGAAUGAAAAGAAACCUACAUGGAUCUGUCCUGUCUGUGACAAGAAGGCUACAUAUGGAAGUCUCAUCAUUGAUGGUUUAUUCUUGGAGAUCCUGAAUAACUGUUCUGACGUGGAUGAAAUCAAGUUCCAGGAGGAUGGUACCUGGUGUCCAAUGAGACCAAUGAAAGAGUCUGCUAAGCUCUUAUCUCUGAUUACAAAAACUGAGUCCUCAACUCCUUUGCGACAAUCUUUGGUGGCUCCACAUUCUGCUUACGCCUGCCCCACCAAGAAGGCAGAUGUCAUUGAUUUGACUCUGGAAAGCUCCUCCUCUGAUGAUGAAGACAAGAGCACAGAUCCUCCUCUUAAGAAACGCUGUGUUUACAUUUCUAAAAACGAGGACAUGCAUCCAAAGGGAGUAUUGACCUAUCAGCCUUCCAAUAUACACAUGUCAACUAUUCAGGCCUUGGACCCAUCAUAUUUGACCUCUACACUUGCUGAUUAUGGAAUACCCUUCCACCCAUCAACCUUGGCUACCAUCCCCACAGAACUGCAGAGCCUGGAUUUGUUUUUAAUUCAAGCAGAUCCUCAGCAUUACAGGCCUCAGAUGUUUCUGGAAAACCUGACAAGUACCAUGCAGAGUGUCACUUCUGCUAGCACAAGCUCUGCCCUGGUUUCCUCAUCCAGUAACCGCUAUGAAAGAAACUCCCACGCAGCUGGCUCCAUUCAUGAAACCUGGGACGUCGCGGGCGGAGGAAGCACUGCUGGAGGAGUAAUUGACAACAGUGUAUCUGACAUUAUUUCACUAGACUGAUAUUGUUGGACUUUUGAUUGAUUUCUUUUUUUCUAGGGUUGUUUUAUUAUUCCAAACAAAAUGUACUAAUAAACAGUUAAAGCCCUGAAAAUAUGUUUCUAUUCUAUUUAAACCUAUUUAAACCUUCUUAAAUAUAUUUUCUGUUGAAAGUGCAGAUGACAUUUAUUGUUCUCUUAAAAUAGUUAUUUCAGACAAGACGUAUUUCUGUAGCAGACAAAUAAAUUACUCGGAAAUCAAAUGGAAAAGAUGCACCUUUUCCAAAAUGUUGAACUUCCUCGUUAAUUUAUUUAGUUAUUCAUUUUAAUAGUGUAGGAAUGGUAAAUGCAAGGGUAGUGGUUUUCUACACCAUGUUGUGCUAAAAAAUGCAUUUUCUGCAGUAGCCUAGCUUUUUAAAAACAAAUAUUUCUGUGUAACAAAUAUUUCUAGAAAAUUUCUAGAAAAAGAAUAUUGCGUCCACACUUUCUCAUUUGUUUAAAAAAAAAACAAAAAAAAAACAAGAUCCACACCAAAACACAUAAGUGCGUUUUUUCAGCGCAUUUACAAAGCACGUCAAGAAGAUACACUCCCAUUUACGGAAUGGCAAGAAGUCAUCCCCACGGGUAAACCCUGCACACGUUUCGGCAUGAAGUAUCCAUUAAAGUGACACUGGAGGAAUACAAGAUAAUGUUAAAAAGGUUAAAAAACUAUAUAAGAAAAAAUCCAAUUGGAUGAGGAAAAAAAAAAGUGAGUUGUCCGAUAUAAAAUUAAUAAGAAUUAAGAAGUUCAAUGAAUAAAUGCACCUUAAGGCACACAUACUCAUAACCUUUAAUUUUCUCAAAUAACGAACGUGCGCUUUUUGUGUGGACCGAAUUUCAAAAUCUGGAAGCCACACAGACGUGACAUACCUAAUAAUAUCUAGAUCUGAUGAACCAAUCAGAGGACAUGAAUGUUUUACAUUGUUCCGGGCAGAAAACCAAUCAGAGGACUGUAUAUAUCAUGU